AUGAAGCGUCAUCCAGACCUGAGUAAACGUAAAGCAGAAGGCCUGUCAUUGGCAAGAGCUAGUGGUAUGAAUAGACAGGAUGUCGAUAAAUAUUUUGAAAUGUUGUUGAAGGUAUUGACUGAUAACGAUUUGAUUAGUAAACCAGAAAGAAUCUACAACAUGGACGAAAGCGGAAUACAAGUUAACAAUAAAACUGGACGCGUAAUUGCUAGCAAGGGUGCGAAAUGUGUAAAUACUGUAACCAGUACCGAAAAAGGUGAAAAUAUAUCUUUGAUUGCGUGCUGCAAUGCGGAAGGUACUUUCCUUCCGCCUAUUUUGAUACUGAAGGGUAAAUACAAAAAACCGGAAUUUUGUGAGGGUCUACCACCUGGCUCAAAUGUAUACAUAUAUCAGAAAUCAUCUUACAUCAACGCUGAACUAUUUUUGAAGUGGAUGAAAGAGCAUUUUAUACCACGAAAGCAAGAUGGCAAGGUUCUUCUGAUUUUAGAUGGGCAUUCUUCGCAUUCCAAUUCAUAUGAAAUGCUACAAUUGGCAUCUGAAAACGAUGUGAUUAUCCUCUGUCUACCAAGUCAUACUACUCAGGUUCUUCAACCAUUGGAUAGAAGUUUUUUUAAGCCAUUCAAAAGUUACUUGUCUAAAGAAGUUUCCACUUGGUUUAUCAACAACAAGGCCGACCUUUUAAUCGAUACCACAUUUCAAAAAUGA